AUGACGAAAAUAGUGCGAUUUAAAAGCAGUCCAAAAGAAUUCCUAGACGGAUUUGAAUCUACCCACGACGAAAUACGAACAGAAGAAGAUCACUUUAUUAUCGUUCAUCUUUUGAAUAAAUAUGAUUCAAAAUCUGCAGUGUUGGGCGGCAAUCUGGAACAGCUGGCAAUGCUUGCCUGCUGCAGCAGUCCUCAUGUAGUAAAGAGAGCGCUUGAUGCUAUUCUCAAUGAAAUAAUUUUAAGCAUUUCCAACUCUUCAAGAAUUCGAUGCCAUAAUUUAUUGAAAGCAGAAACAAUCCUUCGUGAGUCAUUUGUAAACUUCAUGGCUGUUGAUAAUAUGAAAGCAAAAUGCCAUCGGAUGACGACGUACUCUUGGAUAAUCACGUUAGUCCUUCUAAAAUGCAGUAAAGAAGAGUGCAUUGGAAUUCUACCAAAAAUCAAAGAAUUUGAAAAGAACACCCUAGACGCUCUCCAAAAUAACAGGGAAUACAGCGGACGAAAUACUUUUCGAUACGGUAUUUAUCUCGCGCGAGAAAGUAUUAAGCAAAUUUCUGGAAGAAAAGACUCGAGACAAUCUUUACACCGUAUUAUGAAGAAGUGUGAAAAUCUGCUGAAUAGCAAGUUGGAAAAGGACGAAGUUAUGAAGCUUGGUAAAGCGAUUUGCAAUGGAGGCAGUUGGAUGGAUCUUCAUGUAUGCCUGGUGUUUUUGCAAGAUUUACCAAAG